GGUCCACACUCCAGUCCAGUUGGUGGCGGUAAUGCACAUUUAAAGUUGGCCAUCUACACCCUGUGCUGCACUUUCUUUGUUCCCUCUGCACAUGGGGUUGUGUGUGGUCUCUGUGCUGUUUGUUAUCAUGAUAUCAUCAGUGGUAACUACAACCAUUCUACAACCAAGAGAAGUGGCAGCUCCGGGCAGUGACAUCACCCUUAUCUGCUCUUUGUCUAAAAACCUGAACCUCAACAACCUGGUCGUCAACUGGCAGCGUGGGGAGUCAGAGGUGGUCCACAGCUAUUACCAUGGGAGAGAUCAGCUGGAAAGACAGAGUGUUGUUUACAAGGGACGAACUCAUCUGUUUGAAGACCAGCUCACUGUGGGAAAUGCCUCACUUAGACUGAGUGGUGUGCAGCCGAGUGACCAGGGCCAAUACACCUGUGAUGUGACAGAUGAACAGGGAAGCACCCAGGAAAAGCUACAACUUCUAGUGGCAGCCCCUUAUGAUGAGCCCAGGAUAUCCAUCCAAGCCACUUGUGACGGCUUUGUUGUGACCCUCAGUGCCUCUCAGGGGUUUCCCCAGCCAGAGGUAGUGUGGAAAGGUGUGAUGGGCAGUACCAACACCACUAUGGAGUUAGACAGCAAGGGGCUCUAUGAGCUGGAGAGUGAGGUGACCCUGAGGCUGAACAGCACUCUGACUGUUACAGCCGAGCUGAGACUGAGGGUGCUGGACCAGAGUUUCACCAAGUUUCUCACACUCCACCCACCACCAGGUAAAAAAGUGUGCUAUGUGAUGCCUGCUGAGCAGAGGAGCAGAUUGUUGAUAUAUCCCCUGCUUCUAAUGCUGCUGGGAUUGGUGCUCCUGUUAUCCUGGAAGAGGUCUGAGCAGGAGACCAAAAAGGAUAAGAAAACAGAAGAAUAGAAUGGCCUUCGGUCCAUGGUCACUCAACAGGCUUUAAGCCAGAGUUUGUUUACAGAGAAAACAUAAAGGGGGGACAGACUUUUAUACUAAUAUACAUUUUAAUAGAAAGUCAUUUUGUAAAAUCGGAACUACAAUACAUUAUACACAAAGUUCAACACAAUACAAUGGGAGAUGCACACCACAACACUAGAUGGUCAUAUGUACCUCUGCUCCAAAUCUGGUUCCUUUUAAGGUUUUUUCCUUGUAGGGAGUUUUGACUUACUGCUACUUGCUUAGGGAUUUAGCCCAGGCCCAGGUAAAUCAUAUUUUAUAUCCGCAGUUGUCUUACUGGGCUUUAUAAAUUACAUGUAUUUAUUGAUUGAAAGAUGGCAGCUAUAGCGUCUAAUUAAAGUUGUUACGUGUGUUCCAGGCAAUGUACUUUCCAGAUAUAUAUUUUUUUUUAAUAAAAGGAGAUGAACCCCCAA